AUGAAGAGAAAAUCCACCAUUAAGAAGACUCCGGCCAAGAAAAAGGUUAAAGAAGACAAAAGUCAACGUAAUUUGGAAUUUUAUUUUAGCAAACAGAGUAAACCUACAAAUGAGACCGGUUCUAAAAAACCUGAGAAGAGUUCUAACAAGGAAGAGAAUAAUAAUAUCAAACAAAUUGAGGCUAUCGGUGUGACGAAUGUUGCUUCCGAAGAAGAUUUAGAGUCAAUUGCAGAUAAUGACAGUGUUAAAGAGUUACGUGUCACAGUUAAACAACCGGAAGCAGUGAUAAACUUGGAUACUUCCGAUAAAAGUGGGACGGUUUUUGAAAAACCCGCCGGUUCUACUAUACAAAGUAGGAAAGUCACGUUAAAUAGCAGCGCCGUGCCUUCUUCAGGUUCAUCCGAGAUGUCGGUUGAUAUGGAUGUUUCGGAAUUUGAUCCGUCCAAGAUUAAUUGGAAUGGAUUGAAAGUUCCUUAUCGCUUCCUAAGCGACACUUUUGUUAUCGUUGAAAAAACAACAAGUCGACUUAAGAUUAUAGAUUGUUUGACAAAUAUGUUUCGCACUAUUAUUUAUAAUGAUCCCGAUAGCGUUCUACCCGCUGUAUGGCUUUCUUCAAAUGCCAUAGCCCCUUCAUAUGAAGGCAUAGAACUCGGAAUUGGUUCACAAAUAUUAACAAAAGCCGUCACUUCCAUAUCUGGGGCUUCUUCAAAGACAUUGAAACAGUAUUAUGACAGAUAUGGAGAUUGGGGUGAUGUAACUUACGCAGCGAAAGUUUCGGUUCGAACUUUAGUAGAACAUAAACCUUUGACGAUUGAUAAAGUAUACAAAACACUUAUCUCUAUUUCCAAAUUAAAGGGGACUGGUGUGAUAGAUCAAAAGGCUGAUUUAGUGAAAAAGCUAUUAAUCUCUUGUAAAGGGGAAGAGAUUAGGUAUCUUACAAGAACAUUGAUACAAAAUCUGAGGAUUGGUUCCGUGAGGAUGACGUGUUUAAUCGCUCUUUCACACGCGUUUUGUCUUACAAGGCCAACCAAUAUGGCUAUCAGUGAGUCACUUGACGAUACAAACCGUCUGUUUAUUGAAAAUAUCAAAAAGGAACCAAGAGAUUCUUUGAACGCUAAAUUAAAAGCGGCCGAAAAAUUAUUGAAAGAGUGCUAUGCACAAUUUCCCAAUUACAAUGGCAUUGUUAGGUUUCUUUUAGAGUAUCCGAUAGAAAAACUGUUGGAUGUCUGUUAUUUAACAGUUGGCGUUCCCUUAAAACCGAUGUUGGGCAAAAUUACUCGAGAUUUGGGACAAGUUUUCAAAAAUCUUGAGGGAAGGUCAUUCAAUUGUGAAUACAAGUAUGAUGGACAACGCGCUCAAAUUCAUAUGGACGCUGAUAGGAAUGUGUCAAUAUUUAGUCGUAAUCUAGAGAAUAUGACGGAUAGAUUUCCUGAUAUAGUCGAGAUGGUACCUCAAUUUUGUUUAAAUAAUGUUGAAUCUUUUAUUUUGGAUUGCGAGGUCGUAGCCGUUGACUUGGAUGGAAAAAUACGAAAUUUUCAAGCACUAACCAAUCGGUCGAGGAAAAAUGUUGAGUUAUCUUCCAUCUCUAUACCAAUUCGUAUUCUUGCCUUUGAUUUGAUGUAUUUAAAUGGCGAGUCGUUAUUGAAAAAACCAUUAAGAGAAAGACGAGAACUUCUGAGGACCAAAUUCACGGAAAUUCCAAAUCGAUUCACAUAUGUUAACCAUAUUGAAUCAUCUGAUCCUGAGGAGAUUCAUUCGUUUUUUAAGGAAUCCAUGGAAUUUGGAUGUGAAGGUAUAAUGGUUAAGGUGUUGGAUGACCCACCAAAAGGCUUGAAAAGCAAGACGCGAAUGAAUUUAUUGGCCAGUUAUGAACCUGAUAAAAGGAUCGAAAGUUGGUUAAAAGUUAAAAAAGAUUACCUUGAUGGCAUUGGUGACAGCCUGGAUGUUGUGCCUAUUGGUGCGUGGUAUGGAAAUGGUAGAAAAGCCGGAUGGUGGAGUCCAAUUUUAUUUGCAAUUUAUAAUCCUGAUACGGAAACAUUUGAAAGUGUAUGUAAAUGUAUGUCAGGAUUCAGUGAUGAUUUUUAUAAGGAAUUAAAAUUAAAGUACUCGCGAGAAAAUGGUAAUAUAUCAGAGUAUAAAAAACCAUAUUUUGAUGUAGAUGAUGGUCUUAGACCAGAUGCUUGGUUUGAGCCAAGUGAAGUCUGGGAAAUUAAAGGUGCGGAUAUUACAAUAUCACCAGUUUACAAAGCAGCUCUUGGCAAAGUAGAUCAGAAUAAAGGUCUUUCAUUAAGAUUCCCGAGAUUUAUAAGAGUUAGGGAAGAUAAGGGCAUUGAAGAAGCCACUACUAGUGAACAAUUAGCGGAAUUAUUUUAUAAUCAGGUGAACGAAAGAAAAGAAGAAAUAAUUGAAGGGGAAAGUGAUGAGGAGGAUACAAUAUGA